GGCGCGGCGGGGACCCGGGCGAGGCCCCCGCGGUGGCGCCGGGGCCAGGGGGGCCGAGGCGCCCCGGUGCGGAACGCGCGGGGCCCGGGCCGGGCCGGGGCGGACGGCGGGGAGCGGGCGGGAGCGGCUCGUGGCCGGCCCGGGCCGCGGGGUGGAACGUUCCGGACGGGGACGGAGCGCUGGGCUCCUGUGGGCGCGGGAGGAUGAGGAGGAACGCGGCCCUGCCGCGAACGGGGCUCCCGUGGGGCGGGAGGGGGCCUCUUCGCGGGGCCCUGCGCGCUCCCGCGGGGGUUUCCGCGCCAGGAUGAACAGGCUGCGGGGCUUGGAGGGAACGGCAAGAUGGCUGCACAGGCACCCCAUUCCCCGCGGCUUCCCCGCUGAGGGGAUACGCCUGGGCGAUGCGGGGGAGCAGGUACAACACGCUGCCACCAGUCACCCCCGGCGGCACGUUCCCGCACAGCCUCGCCCUCCCAAGCGUGGCAGCGUGGCCCAGUGCCCCGCACUGUACAGGUCCCCGGCGUACCGGCGGCGGCGGCGCCCGCGCACGCUCUUCCACGUGCUGUCCGCGUGCCGAGCUCGGCCUCGAUCGGAGGGACCCGCUCGAAAGGCCGCGGCUCCUGCCGCCCGCCACACCAUGGGCACCCACCUUGCCGUGGGGACGUGCCAUGGGGACCCGCCACACCAUGGGCACCCACCUUGCCGUGGGGGCGUGCCAUGGGGACCCGCCACACCAUGGGCACCCACCUUGCCGUGGGGGCGUGCCAUGGGGACCCGCCACACCAUGGGCACCCACCUUGCCGUGGGGGCGUGGCACAGCGUGGCAGGCCUUGCCUGGCGGGCGGCAGCGGGCUGUGGAGGUAAAAGCUCAGGCAAAGCGGCGGUCCCGGUCGUUCUCUUGGCAUGGCUGGUGUUGCCAGAGGUCGUUCAAAAAUCUGGGCAAGCGGUCAAAAUGGAAAUAAGGAAACAAGGACUUGGAAGCUGGGGUAAUAUUUGAAAGCGUAGGUUUUCAGAAUCUGCAUGGGUGAAGACAGAUGCUGCCUUUUUGCCAGGAUAUUGCCUUUCAUUUAUUCAUUCUGCUACUCAAAAGAAUAAAAGAAAGUCUGUAAGAUGAUUUGCCUUUUAUUGACUUUCAGUUGUCUAAUUUGUUUUCAUUCCUGUAUUAAUUAGAAUUAAUAUAUUUACAUUUAGCUUCCGGUAGGGUGAAGUGAUGUUAACUAAUUGACUGUGAGGCUGAUGAGAAAACAGGAGCAUCAACUGAUGGCGGCUGCUAGGAGUGAGAAAUAGCUCUCUGAGAAGCCAGUUUGUGAAAAGAUGAGAAUUUGACACAGAGUUCAUUUAUCGACUAUUACAGGAUCUGUUAGCUACUCAAGUUUCACUUCCUUUAGUUAAAACGUGUACAUUUUUGGAUUUAACGUUUGCUUCUAGCGUCUAACUGUAAAUAGCCAUUAUUCAUACACGUUUGUUUCUGUGUCUUAGUAAAAUCGGGGUUUAAGAGAAUGAGGAGUAAGGUUGCUGUACAUGUUUGGCAUGAGCUUUUUGAUCAAAGAAAAGUCUCCACAAAACUGCCUUUUUAAAAAUUGGGUCUAUUUUUGAUUGCACAAGCUACAUAUGGAUGUUAAAGUAGACAUAAAAUAGGCACGCAUGUUAAAAUACAUAAUUUGGUUUGAUAUAUGUGUGUGUGAUUUCCCACAGACAGUUUUUUGGCAGAAAAAGUGUUUGGCAUUUUUGGUAGUUUUUGGCAGAAUGUGUCUUUAUUCCCCCUGAGUUAUUUUUGAUAGUGUAAUUCAUUGUUGGCAGUAACCUUGCUAAAAACCUAAUGUAACUCUGCCGGCGAUUGCCAUGGAGCAACCCCAAAAUGUAAAUUUGAUAGUAAUCUAAAUGAAGACAAGCAAGUCUGAAACAUUAAUUUCCUUUGCCUUGUAGUGCUCAACACAUCACCAUGCCAAGGACAGGUCUUAAAAAUAUGUCUCCUUCUCUCUUUGUCA